AUGAGUUCUGAGGUCACAGAAGCCGACGCUGGCUGGUACGUCUGCCGUGCCCAGAACACUGAGGGUUACAAGGACAGCGAGCAGAAGGAAAUGGUGGUGAAAUACCGUCCCAAACAUGUGAAAGUUCAAGCCAAUCCUGGUCUUGAGGUGAAUGAAAAUGUGUUGUUGACACUGAGCUGUUCUGCCGAGUCCAACCCACCAGUGAGCUCUGUCACCUGGAGGAAGACGACUGAUUGGAGAGAGGAAAUCAUCCAACAGACUCAGACUCAGACCUUCAGGGUGAAUUCAGCCAGUCCCUCUGACAGUGGACUGUACAGCUGUGAAGCCACCAAUGACAUUGGAAGUGAAAAGUCACAGCCAGCUGAGGUUAAAGUCAGAUAUAAGCCGAGGAAGACAAGCAUUUCUGUCAGUGGCUCUUCUAACAACCAAGUGAAAGUUGGUGGUUCUCUCACGUUAACCUGUGACACCGAUGCCAAUCCUGCCCCGACGACUUACUCCUGGUACCGCAGCAAAAAUCAACAAACUGACUAUCGGUGGAGGCCGUCAAACAGACGAGAGCUGAGUUUAACAAUAAAAAGAGCAGAUGAAGCUUGUUACAGAUGCAGCGCCUCAAACCUCAUUGGUGAAGGGGAUGAGAGUCAACCAGUGUGCAUACAAGUACUGUACCCGCCCACUGAACCUAUACUGUCUAUUAGGUCUGAGGUCAUAGAAGGUCAGACCAUCACCAUCAGCUGCACUGUUGAAAGUUUCCCACAGUCAACUCUCACCUUGAUGAGGAACGACAAAUAUCAUCAGUCUUUAAAAAUCACAGAAAAUAAUCUUAAUUCACGACCCAUCAACUCUCUCUCCCACAAGUUUAAUGUGACUUCAGCUGACGCUGGCUGGUACUUCUGCUGUGCCAAGAACACUGAGGGCUCAAAGGACAGCAAGCAGAAGGAGCUGGUGGUGAAAUACAGUCCCAAACAUGUGACAGUUCAAGCCAAUCCUGGUCUUGAUGUGAAGGAAAAUGUGUUGCUGACACUGAGCUGUUCUGCCGAGUCCAACCCACCAGUGAGCUCUGUCACCUGGAGGAAGACGACUGAUGGGAGAGAGGAAAUCGUCCAACAGACUCAGACUCAGACCUUCAGGGUGAAUUCAGCCAGUCCCUCUGACAGUGGACUGUACAGCUGUGAAGCCACCAAUGACAUUGGAAGUGGAAAGUCACAGCCAGCUGAGGUUAAAGUCAGAUUUUCUCCAAAACACACACACAUCACAGAGUCGGCAGAGAAGCAGGAGCCUGACGGGAGGAGCUCCGUGAUGCUGAGCUGCUUCAGUCACAGCUUUCCCCCAGUCCAACACUACUCAUGGUACAGGAAGAGUCAGGGAGAGGAAAAGGAUGAAAUUGUGUCCGAGAAUCAAAACCACACAGUGUACUCAAACCAGCCAGGAGUCUACUACUGCCUAGCACAAAAUGAAGUAGAUCACAAUUUGUCUGAUCCCGUUCAUCUGUUUGAACGAAACUAUCCGCACAUCCUGAAGUUCCUCGUUCCUGCUCUAUUUGUCCUAAUGCUUAUCAUCUUAAUCGUCGUAGUUUUAAGAUACAGGAGGAAAAAAUCUAUUCAACAAGGAACAACAAACAUCAAAUCCCCCUCUGUUUUUUUGGGUUCGUGUAAUGGUACCAGGAGGAGGAGUCUGACACAUGAGAAUGUCUCAGAGCAGUUGAGGCGUCCAGAGGCCCAACGACGCCAGCCUCUUCCAGACAGCACGCCUCCGACCGACAUCAACGCUGUUUACAGCAUUUUGAGUCUGCCCCAGGCUGCCUCUGCACAAAACCCAACGAGACGGCAAGCUGGAAACACCAAGGACAAUUCUGCCAACUACGCUCCUCUGAACUUUAAGAAUAAGCUAAAAAAGGUGAAAGAAGACCCUGUGUAUGCGAAGGUGUCCAAGCCAACAAGAGUUAAAAAGAAUGAACCAAUGAACCUGCAGGACUAUGAAAACAUUAGUAAUGCAACAGCACGUGCACCAACAUCUCCAAAUCUAUUUGACGACCACACCAGUGAAGGUGAAGUUGAGCUGAACUUUCCACAGGUGAGAUUCACAGCGACGCCCCGACGUCAGACGACCAACAGAGACUCCAGCAGCUCACACCAAGAUGAGAGUUAAUACUCUGACGUCAGGAUUUGACCUGAGAUGUUCUCGUCCUGCUUUUUACAGCUACCUCGGGCCUGAGGAAGUUUAUAUUCACAAUAAGUCAUCACAGAGAGUCUGAAGAGUUCAUGUUUUAAACCAGGUUGCCAGUUGGAGUAUUUUAAAACUAGUUAUCAAUAAGAAACAGAAGUAACAUUACUGAGCUAAAAUAUUAUAUAUAAAUAUUUGAAAUGUCAAUUAAAGGUUCUGGAGAAAACAGUGAACAUAGCAAAAUGUGAGGG